AAUCCGGGUGAAUCCGCGAACGACGAGAAGAACCACAACAAACAGCGACGAGAGGAAAAUCUGCGGCCAAAUAAGCAGGUGAUUUUUUGCCUCUAAGAUCGCUCCGAGGAAGGAAAGAAGUGACACCCAAAAAGGAGAAUGAUGUCUGCUGUGACAAGAAGUAUUCCAGGAUUAUGGAAACGAGUCAAAAUAGGCAGGACAGCUGCUAGAACUAGCUUGUGGGAGCAGAAGAAUGUGAGGUGUUGUCACUCAACACAUGUGAAGCAACUUCCUAGGUCAUGCACAAAAGUUUUCAGAAGUAAUAUGCUUCUUCAGCCUCUGAGUUGGUCCUCUCCAUCACACAGAAAAUUAUGGGGCUGGCUCAAUACAAUUUUUAACAGAGUUGACGAAAGCCGCAUCAAGGAAGUGGGUCCUGAUAGAGCCUGUGCUGAGUGGCUUUUGAGAUGUGGAGCCUUGGUCAAAUGGCGGAACAUGGAGUCCUGGACUAAAGAUUACAACAGCCUGCCUAUUUCAGGUGGAAGACUGCUCAAAGUUGAGGAGAUAGAUGCCACAGAUUCAGCAAUCAUGCACAUUGGAUUUCCUCAUUUUAAAGGUUGCAAACAUAUUCGGCGCAUCGUGUUUCACAAAGCCUCAUACCUUGAUGAUGCAGGUCUAGAGCAGUUACCCUUAUUGAAAGAUUCUCUUGAAGAACUACAGAUCUCCUCCUGUGGCAAUGUAACAGAAGAUGGUCUACGACACCUCAAGCAGUUAAAGAACUUGACCUACCUACUUAUAUAUGACUUACCUGAGAUCAGAGACAAAGAUGCCAUGUGCAAGGAGUUGGAAGAAGCUCUCCCCAACUGUGCUGUUGUCUUCCCCUAUGCUUCUGCCAAAGAUGACCCAAAUUUAAAGGACAAAGCGUAAAUAAUGUUAAAUGAAUACUUUUAUGUCUGUGAUAUAGAAUUCUGUACAUAUACAGUAUGUAUAUGUAUACACAUACACAUACAUACAUAUAUACAUACAUAUAUACAUACAUAUAUACAUACAUAUAUACAUACA